AAUUUUACCCAGAAUCCUCUUCCCCCGACUGUCACCUGUACUCCGAACUGAAGGGAGGGGAAGGCCGCCCACUGCAUGUGACGUAGGGGUGACGCGCACCGUGCCUUGCUGCGAGCGGCAGGUACCGCUGGGGACGCCAUGUUGUGAGAGGAAGUAAAGAUCUGUGUGAGUGAGAGAAGGGAGAAGAGCUGUGCUGGAGUGGUUCUGGCUUGCCGCGCAGUACCGGACAGCUCACGGUGACUCUAGGGGGGCGGACUGGAGCUCGGUCACUUUGGUGAUUUUUGGGGACAAUUGCUGGAAUCACAUCGGGUUGAAAAGAUGCCGCUGGCGCAGCUGGCAGACCCGUGGCAGAAAGUGCCGGUGCAGAAAGUGGGAAGCGAGAAUGGGCAGCAGUUUGCAGAUGAAUCAAUGUGUGAUGAAGACAAUGAGAACAAUGAUGAAGGAAAUAUAAAUGAAAUUGCAAUCACACACCAUGUUAAAGAAGGCCAUGAAAAGGCAGACCCUUCACAGUUUGAGCUUCUAAAGGUUCUUGGGCAAGGCUCCUUUGGCAAGGUAUUUCUGGUUCGUAAAAUCUCAGGAACUGAUGCUGGGCAAUUAUAUGCAAUGAAAGUAUUAAAAAAAGCUACACUUAAAGUCAGAGAUCGUGUUAGAACAAAAAUGGAGCGUGAUAUUUUGGUGGAAGUUAAUCAUCCGUUUAUUGUGAAAUUGCACUAUGCUUUCCAAACAGAGGGCAAGCUGUACCUAAUUUUGGAUUUUCUCAGGGGUGGAGAUUUGUUUACACGCUUAUCCAAAGAGGUGAUGUUCACAGAGGAAGAUGUGAAGUAUUACUUGGCAGAACUGGCACUAGCCUUAGACCAUCUUCAUUCUCUUGGAAUCAUUUAUCGAGACCUGAAACCAGAAAACAUAUUGCUUGAUGAAGAGGGACACAUAAAAUUAACAGAUUUUGGCCUUAGUAAGGAGUCUAUAGACCAUGAAAAGAAAGCCUAUUCUUUCUGUGGAACUGUGGAAUACAUGGCUCCAGAGGUAGUAAAUCGGCGAGGCCACACUCAGAGCGCAGACUGGUGGUCUUUUGGUGUUCUAAUGUUUGAAAUGCUCACUGGUACCCUACCCUUUCAAGGAAAGGACAGAAAAGAAACCAUGACCAUGAUUUUGAAAGCCAAACUUGGGAUGCCUCAAUUUUUAACUCCAGAAGCUCAGAGUCUCCUCCGCAUGCUGUUCAAGAGAAAUCCUACCAACAGACUAGGAGCAGGGCCAGAUGGGGUUGAAGAGAUUAAGAGACAUCCAUUUUUUGCCACAAUUGAUUGGAAUAAACUGUAUAGGAGAGAGAACCAGCCACCUUUUAAACCAGCCACUGGUGGACCAGAGGACACAUUUUAUUUUGAUCCCGAGUUCACAGCAAAAACACCAAAAGAUUCUCCUGGUAUCCCAGCAAGUGCCAAUGCACACCAGCUCUUCCGUGGGUUCAGCUUUGUUGCCAUUACAUCUGAGGAUGAAAACCAAGCUAUGCAAACGGUUGGGGUUCAUGCUAUUGUUCCACUUCAUAGGAACAGUAUCCAGUUCACAGAUGGCUAUGAGCUGAAGGAAGAUAUUGGUGUCGGUUCAUAUUCUAUUUGCAAAAGGUGUAUUCACAAGGGUACCAACAUGGAAUAUGCAGUAAAGAUUAUUGACAAGAGCAAGAGAGAUCCCACAGAGGAAAUAGAAAUACUGUUGCGAUAUGGGCAGCAUCCCAAUAUUAUUACGUUAAAAGACGUAUAUGAUGAUGGCAAAUAUGUGUAUUUAGUAACGGAACUAAUGAAAGGAGGGGAACUUUUAGAUAAAAUACUGCGGCAAAAGUUCUUCUCUGAGCGAGAGGCAAGUGCAGUGCUGCACACGAUAACCAAAACUGUAGAAUACCUCCAUUCCCAGUGGGUCGUCCACAGGGAUCUCAAGCCAAGCAAUAUUCUUUACGUGGAUGAGUCUGGGAACCCUGAGUCUAUUAGAAUUUGUGACUUUGGCUUUGCAAAGCAACUCAGGGCAGAAAAUGGCCUGCUUAUGACUCCAUGCUAUACUGCAAAUUUUGUGGCACCUGAGGUAUUAAAGCGCCAAGGCUAUGAUGCAGCAUGCGACAUAUGGAGUCUGGGUGUACUACUUUAUACUAUGCUGACAGGAUACACUCCUUUUGCAAAUGGGCCAGAUGAUACACCAGAAGAAAUCCUAGCAAGAAUAGGAAGUGGAAAGUUCUCUCUAAGUGGUGGCUAUUGGAAUUCUGUUUCAGAUAUUGCCAAGGACCUAGUUUCAAAGAUGCUUCAUGUGGAUCCACAUCAAAGGUUAACUGCAGCCCAAGUACUCAAGCACCCCUGGAUAGUACACUGUGACCAGCUGCCUCAGUUUCAGCUAAACAGACAAGAUGCUCCACACCUAGUAAAGGGAGCCAUGGCAGCAACUUACUCUGCUUUGAACCUUAAUCCAUUGUCUCCCGUUCUGGAACCCGUUGGUCGUUCAACUCUGGCUCAGAGGAGAGGUAUAAAGAAGAUCACCUCCACUGCCCUGUGAAAGUCAAGUCAUCUGUAAGAGCAGCCUGGAGCUGAAGAUUCACAGCACAAAAAAAAUAUUAAAGCCAACAGUGAUAGCACAUAUCCUAAAGACACUCCGGCAAGCAAAUGCUCACUGUCUCUGCCGGCUCUCAUAAUCAAUGCUGCUGCUUCUGUCUGUUCUCAGUAGUUAAGUGAUGGAAAAACCCAUCCAACCAUGCCAGGACUUUGUCAUCUGUACAAUGGAACUGUCCUUGGGUGAAUCCAAUAGACUCUUCACCUCUCAAACUGAAGAAUACACUGAAAAUGAUACAAAACACAAAAAUAUCUCAACGGUGAACAGCAUUAUUUUUAUAUAAGUAUUCGUAGUCCUCCAAAAUAACGGGUUCUAGGUUCACUUUUUAUUUGAGCACUUGCAUACUUUCAGCUCUUUGUUCUUUAAAGCGAUGGAUAAAACAUGCCACUCAGCCUUCUGCCGUUGCUUCUGGCAUUGCUGGAUAGAUUCAACGUCUUGCCAAUCUACCCUUCCCCACAUUUUGUGUUUUUUAUUCUUCUUUUUAGAUCAUCUUUGCCUUGUCUUAAUACAGAAUAAGAUAUAGCCAUGGAAUGAUUGUGUGGACUUCUCUGUAAAAUACAACUGUGGAAUUUCUCAUGAAUGUAUCACAACCUAGAUGAGCAACAAGAACUGUUACUGUGGGAUGACCGCCGUAAUAGCUUUCAAACUGCAAUAAGUUCAAGCAUUAUGCCUCCAGCAAGCAGUACUAGGUGUAUCUCUGACUUUGUUCAUUGUCUUUUUUCGGGAUUGUAGAUCAGUAACCUUCCAAUUUCCCACUUUGCUUUUCUUUGGUUUUUAUUUUUUUGCAUUGAAACGAUGUACAACCUCAUCAAUCUGGUUCAGCAAUCCACUUUUAAAUCAGCUGUGCUUUUUAAGGGUUUCAGAGCACUUUAGCUCCCUAAACGGGUGCAAGCUUUAAAGCUGUCCUGGCAUGAGCAGGCCACUGUAUUCUGCUUCACGCAUUAAGGCACAACCAUAAAAAACAACCUGUUUGUUAGUGCCUGAUGGCUGUAGGGAAAAUGUCAGCACUUGUACUAUUAUAAUUACUUGUUCUCAGAAGAAGGACUUUGCCAAAAUCUUGCAAGGUUUGAUAUUGACUAUGAGAUGAACUGUUUAUAAGACAAGCAGGCCUUUUGUGGAUCUUUUGAGUUCUAUGGCUAAUGGCACACAAGGCAGUUUCUCUGCUGGUGGGUUUUAUGUGGCCAAUAAACACUUGACCCGUUUGUGCUGUUUUCUGAUGACUUUAAUGGAAGUCCUAUGACACUGCUAGUACAAGCAGUUAUCUGCCUGAAAAUGCUCUAAUGUGAAUUUGGGGCACAGGCUUACUGGCUACUGGCGUGUCUCUGUUGGCUGAAGUACACUGGUGGAAAAAAUGACCCUUGUGUCAUUAGCUUAAUGGUGGAGGUAUUGCUUUUUUUUUUUUCUUCCCUUACAAACCACAGGGGGUAAAUGAAAUGAAUUUCUCACUAAGAGCUUCCUUUUAAAGAGGUAAUAAAUAAUUCAAGAUGCCCCCUUUUAAGAGUUAUGGAUUUCAGGUGGUUUCUAUUGCUGAAAGUGAAUCUACCAUGAAAGGUUAGGAGAACAAAUGUGUGUGUUGUCCUCAUCACGUUUGCAAAGGGUUAAGUGAAUGGGGCAAGAUGCAUCUCUGUGCAGUUCUCGCUCCUCCUAAGCUGGCAAGUCUACAGCAAACGUAAAAAAACUGCCUCUCCGGAGGCACUUCCUGCAUCAGUCACUUAACCCUCUGACAACCAGUAGCCCAGUACCAAUGUUGUGAAUGAAUUCUGAAAUUGCUCAUACCAGCGCUUAGCAAUUCUGCCAUUUUUUUCAGCUUUAUCUCCUGUUUAAAAAAAUUGUUUUGAAAUUUUACAUUCUAGGACAGAUAAGCACAAGCCACUGACAUCAUGAACAUUGUGUAGAAAGCUGGUGCCUUUAUUAGGAGGGUGAAGCCUCCCACUCCACGGGGGUUCCCUUUGCAGUUACACAGCUUCCCUUCAUAAACCUGAAUAAGCCAUUUCACCUUGAUUUGUGCUGCUCCUCUCCCUCCUUUAUACAAGCUGAAUACUAAGCCCACUCAGAUUUUUUGAACCUUUACCAGCACUUAAUAGUUUAUGACUAAAGGUACUCCUGUCUCCCAAUGGCGUAUGAGUGUUGAACGGAAGUGCCAGCACCAAGAAGGAUCUCUUGCACCUCACCAAUUAGCUACUUAGAAUAUUGCAUGACUUGAUCAUUUCAGAAGGGGAUACUGUUUUUUUUUAUUAAUAUGUUUCCUGGUAAGAUUAGGGAAAAAUAUGUAUGCUACGUUUAUCAUGUAAUUCUCAAGCUAAAGGGAAGUUGUACACAAAGGGAUGUAAUUAUUUUGCAGUUAUCUCUGGUGGGAGGGACAUUUUUUUUAAAUAAAUAUAGAGAAUAUUUUUCUACACUUAUAUGUACAAUCAUUCUUUCUAUUAGACUCUUUAGCUUGGCAUGUCUGUACGUUUAUAAUCCAUAUUCUGGGAGUUAGUCUUUGUGGAAACUGCAUAGCAGAUGCUUUCACAGAGGUGAAACAUUCUAGUACUACAAGGAUAAAGCUGAAUAGUCCUCCUCUCCUACCUAUGAGCAGUCUCUUAUGAAUCCUGACAUGUUACUCUGUCUAAUAAACCCAAAUGGUGAUCGCUGCUUGUACAUUUCACAUCAACUGUUUUGUAAUCCUCUAAGGAAACAGCAGUCCUUUAUAUAAUAAACUUCCAAAUACAUAAACCA